UUGAUAAAUAUUGCAGUAUACAAAAACCAGUAUUCGUAAAAUAGAAACUGCGCGGUGUAGACAAUUUCGAUACCCGAGACAUUCAGUUUGCCAAAUCGUGCCUUUAUACUACUCUCAGUAUUUGCGUUAGUGGCACCAUGAAAUUCGCAGGAAAAGUGAUUUUAAUAACUGGAGCAAGCGCCGGAAUAGGAGCGGCAACUGCAAUACAUUUUUCUCAAUUAGGUGCGAGUUUGGCGCUAGCAGGAAGAAACCAAGAAAACUUGAACAAAGUUGCUUCGGCGUGCAAUUCAAAUUCCACCCCUUUGAUUUUGUUAGCAGAAUUAACCAACGAAAACGAAACAAAAGAGCUACUCGAUAAAACUCUUGCACACUUUGGUCGGCUUGAUGUUUUGAUCAAUAAUGCUGCUGUCGAUGUAUUGGUGUCUAUUGAAACAACAACUUUGGAAGAUUUUGAUCGCGCAAUGGAUGUAAAUGUGCGUUCGGUGUAUCAUUUAACCAAACUAGCAGUGCCUCAUUUGAUUAAAACGAAAGGAAAUAUCGUCAAUAUUAGCAGCAUAACUGGUUUACGCGCUUUUGCCGGAGCUUUACCGUAUUGUAUGUCAAAAGCUGCUCUAGAUCAUUUCACAAGGUACAUAAUAAGUUUUCUGAAAACCCUAUGCACAGCACUUCAUCUUGCCUCCAAGCAAGUCAGAGUAAAUGGAGUUAAUCCAGGAGUAAUUGUCACCAAUUUUCAAAUAAAUGGAGGUAUGACCAAGGAAGAUUAUAAAACCUUCAUUAAAUAUGCCGAGAAAACACACCCACUCGGUAGGCCAGGUCAACCUGAAGAAGUGGCCAAAGUAAUUGCGUUUUUAGCUAGUGAUGAUGCUAGUUUUAUAACGGGAGCCAGUGUGCCCGUAGAUGGCGGUAAACAUGCUCUGUGUCCUUAAAUGCGGAAUCAGCAGCAUUAUGUAAAUAAAGUUCUUGUUAAGAAUCAUAUUUUUAAAAUACAAAAAUGUUUGUCUAUA